GCGCAGGAAGCGUAAACAGACCGGAGCUGUCAGGGUGAGAUUUUCAAACGCGCCCCACGACCCUGCUGCGUUCACGUGACCCAUUCUCCAAAUUUACCCAGAAGGACAUGGACUCCGUUAAACGUGUGUUUCUGUUCUUGAAACAGCGACCUCAACCCUACACGUUUGGAUUAAAACUCGGCCUGCUGUCGGCUGAUUAAAAUGGCCACCAAAACAGUGGCGGCGGGACGUUUAACAUGGAGAAGCGUAUGGGAUUCUACCCUCGCUCCCCAUUGCCCACACCGCUUUUCAGCAGUGAGUUUACGGCUCUGCAGUUCCAAGCAGACAGCCCAGGAGGACAAACCAGUAAAGCCCAGCACCACUCACGAUUGGAUCGGUCCACCAAACCCACUGUCAAACCUGCGCCCAAUUGUCUACCACAUCCCCGAGAACGAAUCGGAGCUGGAGAAGCGUCUGAGAAACCUGAGGCAGGACACGAAAAAGAAGCUUUUAUCAUUUCACAACUGAAGGCAAAAGGCUUGACAUUGCGUGACGAAAAGGGACGUCGGCGCGCCUUGGACAGUGAAGAAAUGGCUGUGUUUUACAAAAGCUUCCUGGACAAAAAUAGAGUGAGACAUGCAAAUUACAACAAAGAAUGGUACCGGCGUAACUUCACCAUCACCUUACUCAUGGCCCGAGUAGCCCUCCGCAGCCUGUGGAAGACCGUUAGCAAGAAGAAAAAUGGUAGUCCUGCUACGUGAAAAUAAACUCAAUAUAAACACAUCACCUUGUUAAGUGAUGGGGUUUAUUUUGUUCCUGGUGGAAGCUCCUUUAAUUCAGUUGUAUUCUGUUCUUUUAGUUAGUUUUGUAGUGUGUUCAACUUUAAUUUUGUAAAUAUCAACAGUAAUGCAUUACUGCAAGUGUAUAGUAAUACACUUGCAGUAGAAGGUGAUUCUACAGCAAACUUUUAAUACAUUUUUUAAGUGCUAUUUAAAGAUGUGCUUUGUUUUAAAUUAAACAGUUUAAUGUUUAUUUGUAUGGGGGAAAAAAUUGUAGUAUAAACCAGUGUGACAUAUCGCUGCCUGAGCUAACUUUACAGUGCUUGUCAGUAUCUUGAAACUUUGGUUGCUAAAGUUUUGGAGUUAUUCAGACAUUCAAAAUGUCAAAAUGCCACCAGUAAAAACAAGUGGCAUUUCAGUGACUAUUUUAAAUUUCAACAUGGUUGAAAUCACAUGAGGAGCAGGUUGUCACACUAACUAUAUACACAUACCACAUGUUUAAAUCAGUUUUAACUAAAAAUAUAGGAUGAAGUAAAUCAUAAUAUCAGAAGCACUGGAUUAUUUGUGUCUGACCAUUUGCUCAUACUGUACUUCUAAUGACUCUGAAGUUAUGUUCACUGGAACUUUCUUGUGUGCAGUAAAACAUUAUUAAAAAGACAAUGUCUGAGACUGGAUUUACUGAGAUGACUGCAUUGAC